AUGCACCCGAAGCAACCAUUCCCGGCCAGCGGCCGCACGGAUAUGCCAUCCAACAUACCACAAGCCUGCACACCCCAUCCGCUGCCCCGCCUCGUCGUGGUCGUCACUGGGCGUCCUCGUCAAAAAGCAGUGCUUCUACUACUCCUAGUCCAACUUCGACUACUACUACUACUGCUGCUGGUGCUGGUGCUGGUGCUGGUGCUGGUGCUGGUGCUGGUGCUGGUGCUGGUGCUGGUGCUGGUGCUGGUGGUGUUUUGCGAUGUUGCUGUUGACUUGUUGACUUGUUGCUUGCCUCUGUUCCUUCUCUCUCUCUCUCUCUCUCUCUCUCUCUCUUUCUCUCUCUGUACCUUUUUGAUGGUUCUCUCUCUUCUCUUUGCUUUCGCUCUCUUUGCUUUCUCUCUCUUUUUCUCUCUUUCUCUGACCUCCCUCUCUCUCUCUCUCUCUCUCUCUCUCUCUCUCUCUCUCUCUCUCUCUCUCUCUCUCUCUCUCUCUCUCUCUCUCUCUCUCUCUCUCUCUCUCUCUCUCUCUCUCUCUCUCUCUCUCUCUCUCUUGUGUCCUUUUGACUCACAUAGUUUGGGACGGCUUUGUGCAGUGCAGUCAAAAGAAAGAGACUACAACACGGUCGGUGCCAUGGCAGACCGGCCCAAGAGCAGCGCUGGUUUGCGCAUCUCCAGCGCUCGCUACUCGAGACCCAUUCGCGCCGCCCCGCGCAGUGCUGGCGAAGCCGAUGAGACCAGCGAACCGGGCCCCUUGGCGCGGCAGGCCUCGGGAGACCUCGAGCUGCUCGGCGAAUACCUAGCCCCACAACACUUGGUUGAUGCCGUGGACCACAGCCUGGGCAACUUUGGUCGCCACUUGCCGAGCCUACAGCAGCUCAAGCUUGCGGAUAGCCGCAUCGCCUCGAUCCGCGACCUGGGUACAUCCUGGCAAAAUUUGACCGUCAUCUGGUUAACCCGAUGUGGCUUGGUUGACCUAGAUGGCAUCUCAGCCCUCGAACGACUUCAGGAGCUCUACGUGGCCUUUAACGCCAUCCAAGAAUGUAGCCCUCUGACCAUGCUCGAAGACUUGCAAGUCGUAGAUCUCGAAGGGAAUGCGGUGGUCGAGCUGUCGCAGGUCGAAUACCUGGCCUUGUGCCCCAAACUACAUACUCUUGUCUUGGAAGGAAAUCCCAUCGCGGCCGCCGCCGAGUCCGACACGGCUUAUCGCUCUCAAAUUUUCCAAGCCUUGCCCAAGCUUCAGACGCUGGACGGGUUACCGGCGGGCGUGAGCGCCCCCGCAGCUCACUCUAGCGAUGUAAACCUUGUGAAUCACGUAUCAACUCCGCCCAACGUGUUGUUCUCCGCCUACCUGAGCUCAUCCCUGUGUCCAAAUAUGCUCGGGAUACUUUCAUGGACCCAGCACGGCCUGGCACGUCCUUUCUACGAGGCGCGAGAAGACGGCGACCAGUUUGAGGAUGAUGGCAGCUCACGACUGACGCAUGGUUCUGACGUCACCUUUCAAGGCAACCCCCUCAAGGCGCUCCUUGCAAGGCGUGCAGCGGGCCAGGGGCAAGGCAGCAACGAGCGAGACCUGGACGAACUGCUUGACAGCGUGGGUCUCAGGGAUGAAGUUCCAGCCCCCAACGAUGACCCCUUCAACAACAAGAGCCGGGAAGAGAUACUUGAUGAGUUGCGCGGGUGGCAACAUCGCUUUGAAGCUGGUGACUUGAGUGCCACCGAUCGCGCCACGGUGCAGCAGCGGCGCCAAGACGCUGCCAUGCGUGAGUCUAAGAAUGAAGGCUCGACAGCAGAGGCCGUUGCCGCUCGCAUGCGGCCUGCCACGGCCGCAGCCGGCUCUCCCCAUCGGGAACGUGGUCUACCAGCUCCGCCUGCAGAGCGGCGUCAAAUGUCCCACACUGCGCGGCCGGCCCGGCCCAAUGGCGCUGGUCCACUUCCGGCACCACCUGGUGCUGGACCCCUGCGGCCGGCCACAGCCAGCACUGCGGUCCGAUCACGAAGGCUGCGAGCCGUGCAUUCACCAACACACGAGCUCAACACCCGCAAAGUCCUGCCCGCCCCACCACCGACUGGCAGCUCGCGCCGUGCGCGCUUACCACAACCACCACCAACAGCCCGCCCUACCUCGGCUGCCGCGGCACCAACGACCCAUGCCUAG